AUGUCUUUCACGGGGACAGUUCGUCGGAAAUUAUACUGGAAUACUACUUAUACAACUGAACCUAAUGGGACUAUCACGGUACAGCGGGAUGCGCCGGACGGUUAUCUUAUCAUUGAUCGUAUGUUAGAUUUCUCGGAACUUGUUGAUAAGGUAUGUGGUGGGAUGGAAGUUGAUAGAGAAGGGCUGUAUAUUGAUUUUUCUUUGGUAUGGACGGAGAGGUCAGGAAAAAGGUCUCAUGUGCACAUUAAUGAUGAUAAUAUUGUUCGGUUCAUUUAUCUUUGUGCUGAUAAAUGGCUAGAAUUGUAUCCUGAAAAUGUUGAGAGAACAGGCUAUGUUUAUGCAAGUACAUCUGGCCAGGAUAUUGGUGCCAGCACUAGUGGUGGUAGAACAGUUGAAGACAAUGAAGAUGGAGAUGAAGAUGAAGAUAAAGAUGAAGAUGCAGAUGAAGAUGAAGAUGGCGGGGGUGUCGAAAGCAGUGAUGAUGAGUACGUCCCAUUGGAUGAGGACUCAGAUGACGACACUGAUUUUGAGUCAUCUUCUUCAGUCCCAUAUGUUUUCGACGACAUAAGUGGAUGGGACAAGACUUUAGAGGAAGUAGAUUGUGAUGGGAUUAAAAUGUGGGAUGGCAAUCCGUUGACGCUAGGCCUUGAUAUACAUUUCGCCAACAAGCCUGAGGCACAAGCGACAGUGGGAGAAUGGAACUUGGUACAUGGUCGGACUUUCCGGGUGAAAGCGAGCUCUAAACGAACAUGGUAUGUCGAAUGCGAGACGUGUGGACCCAAAUAUCCGAAAGAGCGUCUUCACGGCUAUGAUUGUCUAUGGAAGGCGCGAGUUUCGCUACAGAAGGCCACCGAUACUUGGAAAAUGGUGGUAUGGUCCGAUUCCCACAACUGUCUUGGGGCAAACAAGAGAAACGAGUCCCGAAAUGUCACGUCUUCUAUGAUUGCUAGACUGGUUGCCCAAAAUGUGCGAAAACAUCCAGAUUUUGCAGUUGGCCAAAUUCAAAUAGAAGUUUUGAAGAGGUACCAAGUCGAAUGUAGCUACAAGAAGGCAUGGCAUGGUAGAAGUAAAGCACUUGAGGCUCUGGCUUGCCCAUAUGCGAGAGUUUGCGCACGAUGUGGAAGUUUAGAUCAUGAUGCUGUGGAAUUCCCUUUUUCUCAUCCACCUGCUGACAGGACCGCUAUUGAUAAACUCAUGUCCAAGUCAUCUCUGGCCGCUUCUGCCAAGGCUAUUACCGGCUGUGUGAUUCUUCUUCAGCUCUGGGCCUGGGAGCGGAUUUUGACUGUUCAGCCCAAGAUACUGGGUGGGGAGCUCGAUCUAUCUCAUUGUCCAUUGGGCACGAGGUGGUCCCGUGAGAAAAAAGUUCAAGGUAUCACGCGGUUCAAUUUGGCCGCGUACCGGGAUCAGCUUGCAGUUCUCGGAGAGUCUGAUUUUGUAUGGAUGCCAUACACGACUCUUCUGGGUCGUAUUGCCAGGGUUUGUCUUGUAGGACAGGGCAUAUGGCGAUCUCAGACAUGGCUCAUCUGCGAUGAUGUCGUUGCGCCACACAACCCUAGUAGGGUAUUUCGCCAAUUUGGUUAUCACCAGCGGAUACCCGGCGAUGCAUUACUUCUCACUGCGGCAGAAAUUACUAGCCUGCUCAAGAGGAAGCCGUUUGGAGGAUCCGAUAGGAGAUGGUUACAACAACUAGGGAUAUAUCUCCAGGUUUGGAAUGAUCGCCACGGCCGACUUGUGGGGACUGAUGAUGAUUAUGUUGGCGAGCCUUCCGCAGAUCCGGGAGUAUCUCUUGUGGUACCAUCAGGUUACUGUGAAGCCACAUUGAUGGAGGACGUUUGUAGUCUGAGUAUUAUAGGCCAGUGUACUUUCGACGCGGACUCCUUUGGUUAUGAUCGCUUAGGCGAGAUUGCCCAGGUUGCUGAGCGGGCGUUGUCCGUCAAUGCAACAAAUGUUGUACGUCACGAUCUCGAUAGGCAUGUUGAGGUUAAUGACAUUUUGAGUCAAGAACUUGCACCGGUAGACCCGACCCAGCAACAUCCACCACCCAGACCUCCGAGGCGUUCGCGCAGGUCUCAGCGUGGGCGUGGGGGGCAAGAGAUAAUCACAUCCACUCAGCCACAUCAGUCCUCCCAGCAUGAGCAGUCUCAUAUUCCCUUCACUGGCGGUUCAUCCUAUCAGUCUCCACUCCAUUCUCGACAGCAUUCAGCCCAUCAGUCUCCACAUCAUUCAUCCCAUCAGUCUCCACAUCAUUCUUCGCCGACCCAACAGGCGUUUUACCGUCCGAUUAUGUCUCCCCAGCACCGGCAGUCCCAUUUUGCAUUCACUCAGUUUUCCUCCCCUCAGACUUCUCAGCGUCAGUUUGGAGAUUCUUUUAUUGACUUUUCUGGGUUUCAGCAGAGUACGCUAGAUGGCCAGUCGAUACAUUACACGAGUAACUUUCUUUCGAGUAUGUUCGAGGGUGUUACGGGUCAGCAUCAGGCUGAUGACCCAGCUGAGGGUGAGCGUGAGAGUCAGGGUGAAGAUGAGGCUGAGGAUGAGGCUGAGGAUGCAGACCAGGAUGAUCAGUUUGAGGGUCAGGGUUAUCAGCGCCAUAAGGAGCAGGGAUCGAGUCAGACUCUAGGGACUCCACCGUUGGCUGUGAGUGCCAGAGAGUGA